AUGGGGAAUAAACAGGAGGAAUUAGAGAUGAGGGUGAGUCUGCAGGGCUACCAUCUCAUUGACACCACUGAGUCCUGGUGGGAUGGCUCCUAUGACUGGAGUGUCAGAACGGAAGGUUACAAACUCUUUAGGAAGGACAGACAGGGAAGACAAGGUGGGAGUGUUGCCUUCUAUGUCAAAGAUCAGCUGGAGUACAUGGAGCUCUCCCUGGGGAUGGAUGAGGAGCCACCAGAGGGCUUGUGGGUUAAGAUUAAGGGGAAGAAAGGCCAAGCUCCCCUCAUCCUGCUCCUCUCCCUCUGCGUGGUGGGCACAGGGGCACGUGAGCACUCCUCUGUCCUCACUGUGCCCAACGGAAGCCACUGGGGCAAUUGGGGCAGGCGUCAGUUUUGCCGCUAUGGCUCUGCCGAUGGAUUUGCACUGAAGGUGGAGCCCUCCCAGUUUGGAAGAGAUGACACAGCUCUGAAUGGCAUACGUCUGCAUUGCCAAGAUGACUCAGUCAUCGAGUCCUUGGUGGGCAAGUGGGGUACCUGGACCAGCUUCCAGGUUUGUCCUAGAGGCUACUUGAUCUCCUUUUCUCUGAGAACAGAGAUGUCCCAAGGAGGAGGUGAUGACACAGCCGCCAACAACAUACAGUUCAGAUGCUCAGAUGAAACUGUGCUAGUAGGUGAUGGACUAUCAUGGGGUAGUUUUGGCCCAUGGAGCAACAGCUGCAACAUAUGUGGUCUCCAGACCAAGGUAGAGCCCCCACAGGGGCUUUGGGAUGACACAGCACUCAACAAUGUGAAGUUCUUCUGCUGUAAAUGA